AUGGUGGUGUCGGAGGUCGCCCUGCCGGUUCUAAAGCCCCAGCCGCACACUCCCAUAUCCUCGGCCUUCGUAGAGACCAAGUGCAUUCUAGGCCUGGCCUUGCCUACAGCCCUCACCGGCCUCCUCCUCUAUUCCCGUUCCAUGAUCUCCAUGCUCUUUCUUGGUCGCCUCGGCGACCUCCCUCUUGCCGGAGGCGCCCUCGCCAUUGGCUUCGCUAACAUCACCGGCUACUCUGUCCUCUCCGGGCUCGCCAUGGGCAUGGAGCCCAUAUGUGGUCAGGCCUUCGGCGCGCGGCGCCACCACCUCCUCGGCCUGGCGUUCCAUCGCACCAUCCUCCUCCUCCUCUGCACUUCCCUCCCCAUAGCGCUCCUCUGGUACUGCAUCCACCCCAUCCUCCUCCUCCUCGGCCAACGCCCGGCGCUCGCCGCCGCCGCCAGUGUCUACCUCCAAGCCUCCCUUCCCGACCUCUUCCUCCAGUCCUUCCUCCACCCUCUUCGCAUUUACCUCCGCACUCAGUGCAUCACGCUCCCUCUUACCGCAUGCGCAGCGUUAUCCAUCGCCCUCCACCUGCCCAUUAACUACCUCCUGGUCUCCGUUCUCCGGCUCGGCAUUGGCGGCGUAGCUCUGGCCUCUGUUUGGACUAACCUCAAUCUCGUAGUCUUCCUCGUAGCUUAUAUCUACCUGUCGGGCCUCCACCGCAACACUAGCGGGCUCUCCUUCUCCGCCGAGUGCUUCAAAGGCUGGAGGUCACUCCUCAACCUGGCCGUCCCCAGCUGCGUCUCGGUGUGCCUGGAGUGGUGGUGGUACGAGAUCAUGAUCAUCCUCUGCGGCCUUCUCCUGAACCCACAGGCCACCGUUGCCUCCAUGGGCAUUCUCAUCCAGACCAUGUCCCUCAUCUACAUCUUCCCAUCCUCGCUCAGCUUCGGCGUGUCGACUCGGGUGGCCAACGAGCUCGGUGCAAACCGGCCCGACCGAGCCCGGCGAGCCGCCACCGUCGGACUGUCAUGCAGCUUCGUGCUCGGUCUCAUUGCCUUGGGCUUUGCCGUCUCGGUGCGCCAUGUGUGGGCUACGAUGUUCACGGCCGACUCGGCAAUCCUCGGGCUCACCUCGUCGGUGCUGCCCAUCCUUGGCAUGUGCGAGCUCGGGAACUGCCCUCAGACCACCGGAUGCGGGGUGCUGAGAGGCAGCGCCCGGCCGACAGUCGGGGCCAACAUAAACUUGGGCUCCUUCUACGCCAUCGGGAUGCCGGUGGCCGUCGGGUUUGCAUUUUGCACCGGGCUCGACUUCAAGGGACUCUGGCUGGGGCUGCUCUCGGCGCAGGCCACAUGCGUCGUGCUAAUGAUCACGGUCAUCAGGAGGACUGAUUGGGAAGCGCAGGCCGAGCGAGCGCAUCAGCUCACCGGCGCCCCCAGUGAUGACAGUGGUGCAAUCGUCGGAUGCGGUGGCAACCAAAAGGACGGUGCGUCGCCGCCACCGAAAGACGUCGAGGUGGACGGAGAUGAGACCGAUAGGUUGAUUGUAAAGAUUGAGCAAACCAAGUUUGUAGCAUAA